AUGCAGUUUGGUUUGCGAUUUAACUUAAUCCAAAUGGAUUAAAUUUAAGAUUUCAUUUUAUUUUGCUUCAUUUGCAUUGUCUUUUGCUAAAGACUUCAUUUUCAGUCUGAAUAGUAUCAGAGGAGUGCAUAGGAGAGGUAACUUCUUUAGAUUAAAUAGAGGUUUUGCUCGAUCUCUUGCAAUUUAAGUAUGAGCAAACUUCAGUGUAUUUGUAUUUAAUUUUAUCGCAGAUCUCUUCAAUUUACAUUUGUUGAGCAUGUUUAUAUUGCUUCUUUUUUAAUGCUGAAGUAUAAGCAGCGAGUGAAGGGAUCAUUUAAACGAAUUCUUAUUUAAUUUAAUUCAUUCUUUCUAUGUAUGAAUUUGAAUUAAUUUAGCGCUUGUAAGAUUUUUGGUGAAUUGUAUUGUAAUCAAAAUCAAAAGAAAUAAUAAAUUCGCUUUUUUCAUACUCUAUAUCAUUUUCCUUGUACAUUUGGCUUCUCAACUAUUCAAUUUGUAUCUCGAUAUUCACUAAUUGGUUGA